AUGCCUGUUGCUAACAGUGGCUAUUUAGAUGGAUCGUUGAAGCCAUCGCACUGGCUCACGCCCCUCUAUGAGCUAUGUCCUAUAUUUGGCACAACUUUGGGACCUCAAGAUCAGACCAAUGACACAACAUACACAAAGUCAGAAGAAAACUCAUCAAAUAAAAUCUUCGAGAUAUGCAUAUAUUUUGUCAUCUUAGUUGUAGGUGUCAUUGGAAAUGGACUUGUCAUCUUUGUGACCGGCCACAAAAUGAAGACGACAGUCAACUCCAUUUGGUUUCUCAACUUGGCGAUUGCAGAUUUUCUUUUUAUUACGUUCUCGGUUUACGAAAUUGUUGCUACCUUUGACAUUAGUUUACGUAAGGCCUUGAACAAACACAUAUAUGCAUGUGGGAUUUUUGGUUUUGCACUAAAUUUGUUUGCAAGUGUUUUCUUUCUGACAGUUAUCAGUCUGGACAGAUGUAUGUGCACAUGGUUUGUUGUUUGGGUUCAGAACAAACGAACUUUAGUCAAAGCCAGAAUCAUCAGUGUAUUUGUGUGGAUUUUAGCCAUCUUCUGCAGCAUACCUGUUGGCAUUACUGAGUAUGUACUUAACGCUGAAAAUGGAAUCGAUGCCCUUAUGUCUCUGUACACAUACAGGUUCAUUGUUGGAUUUCUAAUUCCCUUUAUAAUCAUUGCAUCUUCAUACAUAGCUAUUGGUGUGCGAGUAAAACAUCUCAAAAUAGGAAAACAGCUUCGGCCUUUCCGGAUCAUAUCUGUGAUUCUGGCUUUUUUCAUAUGCUGGUUUCCUUAUCAUGUUCAAAAAUUGUGUUUAAUAAGUGCAUAUAAGUAUAAUUGGAGUGACAAUGCUAUAGAGAAACUUUAUGCUGCAUUUCCUUUUGUAGACUGUCUGGUUUAUCUAAACAGUUGUCUGAACCCCAUUCUCUAUGUGUUCAUGUGUGAUGAGUAUAAGAAGAAACUUAAAAAGUCUCUCCUGCUGGUGUUUGAGGGGGCUUUUACUGAAGAGCAUCUGGGUUUGAGAUCAACUUCACUUCCUCACAACUCUCAAUGUCAGCAGGCCUUAAGUCGAACGACUCCAGGAAAGGGAGGACGGCCCUACCACGGAGCAGUGUGGUGGGAGAGCCGGAGGAGGACGAACUUGGGCUACUACAGCGACGUGGAUGUUGACUGGGCCGUGCUAACAACGCCUAACGGGCUCCGGCGAAGUGGAGGAAGACGGGGCGUCCUAAGUGUUCACUUGAGUGUGGUGGGGGAGUCUGUGUUGUUGUGGAAAUUUCACUUUGACGUGGUGCUGUGUACUGCUGUGUGUGUAUUGUCAGAAACCCCCUCCUCCGCUAACCUCGCCGUGGGAGAACGAAAAGGCUGCAGGUUCCAGUUGUUUAUUACCUGGCAUAUGCUGUGA